UAGAGUUUACAACAUACCUGAUGCUGGUGAUGUGCACAAGCAUGAUCUUCUCCACUGCCUCAGCGCAAUGCCAAGGCGACUUCCAAGGUCUCAUCCAGCAAUGUUCCAGAUUCGUCCAGCGACCGGGCCCUCAGCAGGCCCCGUCUCAGGGCUGCUGCAACGUCAUUAGGAACGUCGAUCUUCCAUGCGUCUGUCAGCAUGUCACUAACCAAGUUGAGAAGAUAAUCAGCAUGCAAAAGGCAGCUUUUGUUUCUGCAUCCUGUGGCAAGCCACUUGCUCAUGGAACCAAAUGUGGCAGCUAUACAGUUCCAUAAGAGGUUGAAGAGCGACUAUUGAUACACUUCAAAAAAAAAGAGAGCAGUGCUUUAAUAUCUGUAAUAAAGAAGAGUUGUUUGUUUUAGAUUUUUGAAAUAAGGUUUGUUCUAAAUUCUA